AUGUACGGUGUUCUGUCAUUUGAUUGUGCAACUGAACUUUUCGGCAAAAUAUCAGGGCCACCAAUUCCAGGAGAUUAUAAUUGGGCGACUCUACUGUUACUUGGUGGAUCACUUGCGGAUAUGGCGACUAAUGACGUGGUGGUGUCUAUGAAACUGGCAGGAAAUUAUUUGAGCAAAAUGACAACUAAUUCAGAGAGUUACUCACUGGAAGAAAUUGUUGCUGAUCAUAUUUUAACUAGAUUGUCUGUUAAAUCACUGUUGCGGUACAAAUGUGUGUGUAAGCAUUGGCGCGAUCUCAUCAAAAGCUCGAAUUUUAUAAGAAAACACUAUGAUAAUGAGAGUACUGGUGCUCGUAAAAUGGUAGCCAAGUUCGGUGUUGACUAUGAUACAGAACCUGAACCUACAAGGCAAUUUCAUUUAUACUUGCUCCCAGAUAAUAUAUAUGCCCAAUGUGUCCCUAGGCAUCAGCGGAUUUAUUAUAUAGACGGUGUUAGUGAUUUCAGAGACAUUCAUGGUCCAAUUGAUGGAAUGUUCUUAAUAGAGAAAGGACAUUUUAUGGAUAAUAUUCGAUUUGCUUGGUGGAAUCCUGCAACGAAAGAGUGCAGGCUUAUUCCUAGUGCCGAAUUUGAGCUCAAAGAAACAUUCUGUGAUUGUUGCCGAAUGCUCGGAAUAGGCUUUGACAAAACGAAUCAGGACUACAAGAUUAUCUGGUUUCGGACAUUUUUUGAUGAAUGGACGACAAAUCUUCAUCCUAAGAUUUUCACUGCUCUCUAUUCUACGAAAAAAGACUCAUGGAAGUACUUGGAACCAAAUUUUUCUCACGAAUGUCAAAUAUCUGUUUCCAAAAAUUUCACAUACCAGAAUGGAGUUUAUCACCCAGCAGCAAAGUGA